AUGAGCUGGUCUGGUCACUCACAGAUGAGUAUCAUCAACCUCCCCCCUCGCGAGUCUUUCGAUACCGUCAAGGCCACAAAUUUUCUUCUCGACAAUCCUAUCGAGUCUCCCUACAAGACCGAGUUCUGGGAGGUAGGUCAGCGAUCCAAGCAGAUCGGCCGAUGGCUGGGCGCUUUGGAUGCUCUGCCUCGCAAAUCCAAGCAAAGCAAAGACAUCUCUGUUGCUACCGAAAAGGUUGCCCAGGCCCUCUUCCCUUUUCUCAAGAACUCUGAUCUGGAUCCUGAUUCUGUCACUCCGCUCGCUGAUCUCAGAGAUUCAUAUGUACGAGGAUCACGGGGCAUAAUCAUCCAUGUCGGUGGAGGCCAGGAGUCCGUCCGAUUCGCGAGCCACUUGAUAGUUUCACUCAGACGAGUACUGUAUUCCAAGCUCCCUAUCCAGAUCGCGUAUGCUGGUGACAAGGAUCUGUCUCCCCGAGACCGCGUCAGAAUCCAGUCUAUGAAAGGCGCAACAGACAUGGAAUUUCUCGAUGUCCUCAGUGUCUUCAACGAUACGACACUCAGGCUUCAAGGCGCCGGUUGGGCUAUCAAGCCUUUUGCACUACUAGCAUCCAAGUUUGAACAGGCCAUUCUCAUCGAUGCCAAUGUUGUCUUCAUGCAAAAGCCCGAAAAGCUGUUCGAACAGAGACCUUAUGUCAACAAAGGCGCCUAUUUGUUUCAUGACCGUCUGCUCUGGAAAGACAUGGUUCCCAAACGACACAUCUGGUGGAAGGAUCAGAUCAAGGAGCCCUCUGACGAGUUGAAGAAAUCGCAGGUAUGGCAGGAACGAUAUUCCGAAGAGUGUGACACGGGCGUCAUAGUCGUCGACAAAUCCAAGAUUCCUAUCUUUACUGGAUUACUCCACAUUGCCUGGCAGAACACCCGCGCCGUCCGAGAAGAAGUUGCGUAUAAGCUUGGUCAUGGCGACAAGGAGUCCUGGUGGUUGGGCUUCGAGCUCACAGGUGCGCGGUACGAAUUCGAAGCACACUACGGGUCCGUCAUAGGAUGGGGUGACUCACCAGACAUCAGCAAGGUAAACAUGGUGUGUUCCUUUGGGGUUGCGCACCUCGACACCCAUGGCCAACCGCUGUGGUACAAUGGUGGUGUCCUGGAAAACAUGGGAGAGAGUCUUGCGAUGUACCGAAUUCCGAGCUACUGGAUGAUGGGUGGGGUCUGGGAGAAAGGCGCUACCAGGAAGGACAUGAGCUGUAUGAGUAGGGCUACAGCUUAUGGAUUGACUGAUAUCGAGUUGAACACCCUGGCUGAAAGUAUCGAUGCUGCCAAGGAGGUUGACCGUACUUUUGCGAAGGACUGA